ACGGCUACACCGUGGAUGACGUGAAGAUGUACUGGAAGGAGACGCCGGUGCGCGGCGUGGAGGAGGCCGAGCUGCCCCAGUUCACCAUCAUCGGCUACGAGACCAACGACCGCAAGGAGAAACUGGCCACGGGCAGCUACCAGCGCCUGUCGCUCUCCUUCAAGCUGCAGCGCAACAUCGGCUACUUUGUCUUCCAGACCUACCUGCCGUCCAUCCUCAUCGUGAUGCUGUCGUGGGUCUCUUUCUGGAUCAACCACGAGGCCACCAGCGCCAGGGUGGCCCUCGGUAACGCCUUGCCAACACCUUCUUCCUUUCUAACAAGCAAAGUUCUUGCACGUCCAAAAUCAACAGUGCCAAGUGGAGCUGCUGUUUCUACUGCAACUGAUGGAUUUGCAUCAUCAUCACAUCAAGAAAUCAUUGAACUUCAAGAUCUAAGAAUGUCACCAAUUCCUUCCAUACGAAACAGACACAAUAGUCGUUAUUCUGCAUCAUCAACAGAGGGAAUGGAUCCCUCAAAAUUUCCCCCAAGUUUUCGUCCAAGAUCUCCAAGUUACACAAUUCCAGUAAGAACUGCAGGAGGCUUACGUUUUCGUCGACGAGGUCAUCCAUCAGAACGAGAACAUCGGCCAAAAGUAAUUCAUGCUCUCAAGAAAGGUGCAUCUGCUCUAAAGUCAUCCAUUCCUAAAAUAAAGGAUGUGAAUGUGAUAGAUAAAUAUUCACGUAUAAUAUUUCCUGUCUCAUUUAUUCUUUUUAAUGCGGUUUAUUGGAUCUUCUAUUUCUUACCCAGUGAAGCAGCACAGAAGUGACUGAAUGCAUGAAUAGUUGAGAAUUUUAUUACAAAUCCUUGUGGGGUAAACUGAAUUGAAAAUUGACCUCAGUGAUGAUGUUUUAAAAUAGGCCAGUACAUAAACACAUUAAUGACUCAUAUUAAUUCAGAAUGAGCAAAACUGCAAACCAGAAAAUUAGAAUGUUAUAUCAAAUUAAUAUUUUCAAAUACUUCAGUAUCAUACAUCCCUUAACUGUGUAGUCCAAUACGUACAUACUUGAUAUUGAUGAAUAGCGAAUUUGAUCAAAAUUUGAAAAAAAUACACUGAAGUUGCAAAAUUGGUGAUUACUCACAAAUAACUGUAACUAAAACUGUCUCUGCAAUGUAAAUCCAGCUAAUAAAAUUAAAUAUACGUAAUUCUCGUUUUAAAAUUUAUUUUGGUGUUCCUGAUGCAAUUAUUUUGAGAGAGGAAAAUAAUUUAAUUCCACAAAUUAUAAAAGCAAAACAAUUUUCCUUGCAAAUUUUGCUCAUUUAAUUUCAAAGUGACUUAAUUGUCCAAUGAAAAAUGUAUAACAGCAAAUUAGAUCUCAGUAUGGACAUAAAUAUUGAAAUUUCAAAAAACUAAAUAAAAAGAAAGGUGACAGGAAAACUGUAGGGCAUGUUAUAUCUUAUAUUGAAUAGUAAAGAAGAUAAUGGAUCCUUACAUUGCCACAAGCCAUUUGUGUUUAAAUACAUUUUAAAAUGAUUAAGUCUUAAUAUUACCCCUUUGCAGGAUGCAGGUUAACAUCAAUUAUUAAGGAGUAUUGGAAAUGUUAAUACAACACUACAAAGUAGUAUGCUUUUUUAAUAAAACUGAAAAGAUUUAUGAAUGUACACUUUAUGUUCGUGCUGAUAAAUGAAAAAUAAUUUUGGGCUUAAACGUUGCAAAAGAAUUAUGUAAAUUCUAGAAAAUUAUACAGUAUUGCUUAUCGGGAGACAUAUUGGACUGAGUCUUUACAAUGAAAAUGUAUGGUGUACAAGCAUUCAUACAAGUCCGCUGCCUCACCUACAACUAUGCCAUCAAUUUAAAUGAACGUUUUAUAUGUAAAUAAAUGUAAUUUUUUCAUUUCUAUACAACAACCAUAUUUUUAACCAAAGAUUGUAAAAGUUAAACUGAAUUAUGUUUUUUGAUAAUAAAAUGAUUGUUUGUCAAGUAAUCUAUUAUUUAACUCAAACAUAAUAUAAAAAGAAAAUUUUAAAGAUUUGAGAAGCUUCAUGACAAACAGAAUUCCAAUAUUCUUAUGAGUCAAAAAUUGUCAAAGUUGACACAUUCAUAUAAGCUAAAAAUUCUUGCAAUUUGGGUCAUGAAAUUUGAAAUUGCUGCUCAAAUAUUUGCUCAAACUCAAGAUAUAUGAUACAGAACAUUUGAAGGUAACAUGAGAUGAACCACAGAUGGAAUAUUAACUCCUGUGUAAAUUGCAAGUCUUACUAUCAUGAAAAUUAAUAUUAAAAGGAUAUGAUAUACCAAUUAUGAAUGUUUUACAAUUUAUCUAGUAGAAUUUAAUUAAAAAGACAAUGAAGAUCUUCUUAGUGAACUGCAGGGACAUGAGAGUUCUAAAACUUCUAUGGAACAUCUUUCUCAACUAACACAAAGACAAACUUCAAAUAGUAACUUGAGAAAGAAGUGUCCAAACCAAAGUUUUAAUGUUUUCAAUAUUCUUAUACAUAGAACUUACCUAUUUCAAACAAAUUUGUUUUUGUUUUGUUUUUUACUAUUUCUUCUUUGAGACAAACAUGUUCUAUGGUUUUUCGUGUGAAAACUAAUUUUUCAAAGCAUUGUUUCUACUGGACACUUACAUUCCAAGCUCCUCUGUUUUAUCAAACCUGUAGAAAAAAAUGUUCUCAAUGCAGUUUUAGAUUUUUUGUUGUAGUUGUUUCAUUCAUUUUGAGAUCUAAUGUGCAAACUUUCAUGAAAACUAUAUUUUGUAACUGGUAUCAAUAUCCACAAAUAAUUGACACACUAUACCAAAAUAACAUUACAAUUACAAAAUUUAGAAGGAAGUUCAUAGCUUAGAAGAAACAAAAUAUACCAAAUUAACAUUUACUCAAUAACAACUUAAGAGGAAUAUAUUUGCCUAAUGGAGUUGCAGUGUUCACAAAUCUAAUAAGGACUAGAAAUAAUUUGUAUUUUCAAGAAAUAUUCCUUCUAUUUUUGAAUGGGAGUUGUAAUUUGAUACAAACUUGCAUAUCUCUGUUUGACAAAUAUAAAUAUUCUGUUAGUUAAUGGAGAUUAAAAAUUUUAUGUGAAUAUACAUUUAAGAGCUGUUGAUCAGCUAAUGUUUAAUGCUGAAAUGAAUGUCUAAAAUAUCUGUUAUUGUUAAGUUAUGGAUAAACUACAUAGUGUACAGUGUUUAGAUACCGUUGGAAUGGCAGUUUCAAAUGUGACAAAUAAAGGUAAACCAAACAGAUAAGUUUAUUAUUCUCACAUGAUAUUACACACUGCUAAUUACUGUACAUCAAUUUUGUUUGUAAUAAGAUAUUCGCAAAUUGAACUGUUUUUUUUUUAACAUAUUAUAUUAUUUUUAGCUAUUUUAAAAGCACUUGCUACAGCAUUUAUUUUUGUGAUUUUAAAAAAAUUUCAAUUUGAAAGAAAUAAAACUUAUCUCAGCUCUCAAAAUAAUUUAAAAUCAAAAUCUAAGAACUUGCACUUCCUGUUGUUCAUGUCUUUUAAUGCACUUAUAGAUAGUGGAAUCAUAAAAAAUUUCCUCCUCUGUAAUAAUUGUCUUGUUGUACAUUGUACUAACAAUGAGAAGCAGAAUUAGUUUUCUGAUUAAAAUGAGUUUUAAUUUAUAUAAUUUCUUUAUAUCAAAUUGCCUGAAUUUAAUAAGAUAAUUCUCAAUAGUAGAAUGACAAUUUAUCUUAUUUAUCUAACAUUAAAUUGAUUAUUUCUAGUCAUUUUAGGUUCAUUCAUUUCAAGCAAGCACUGCUCAAAAUACAAUGUAAAUUUUGAAGGUAAUAUUGACAUUAAUCAGAAAAUAACACAAACUAACUUAUUUUUUGUUUACUUUCAUUUGUCUCAUUUGACAAUGUGCACAAAUAUGUCAACAUUUUUGUGAAUGAAAAUAUUAUGUAUAUUUUUAAUAAUUCUUCUUCUUUAGAUGAAAACAGUUAUGAAAUAUAAUGGAUGUGAAGUAACUGUACAAAAUAUAGAAUGAAUGAAUAAUUACAUAAAACAAUAUAUGGUUUUGUUAGACAAAAUGUGUCAAUAAAAAUGAUAGUAUGUAGAAUGAGAUGCAUGUAAUUUUCUUUUCACCCAUAAUCAUAAUUAAAUACAAAAGAGUAGUGUGUUAAGGAUUGCUAAUACAGUAUGGCUUGUUCUCAAAGAAUUUCUAUUGUUUCUUCUUGGGUCCUUCUGCUUUCUGGUCGGUGUCUCAAAACUUAUUUGGAUAACCCUUAC